AUGGAAAACGCCUGCAUUACGGUUGCACGUGCACCUGAGCCAGAAGACAUUUCAGGGAAGGUGCUUCCAACGCCUUGUCAACGAAUGAUCAGCGUGAACUUUAUGAAGGAGGGUGGUGAUCCUUUCACGCUGACGCUGGAUCCAUCCAAACCGCUCAAGUGUAUCGGCAAGAGUGUGGAGGCAAAGACAGGAAUUCCAGUAGAGCAUCAAACCUUCAUCAUGCCACGCAAAGCAGUAGAUCCAGAGAAGGCACCAGAUAGUUUAAACCUCGUGGAAGGCGACAGUGUCUACCUGAGCGACAGUAGAGAUCAGGAGCCUAAUCCACGAACGGAAGGGAGUUCUGGAGGUUAG